AGGAUACCUGAUUAAAGAAUUGCGUAACUAGCAGCGGCGCAAAGCCUCGGCCGGAGGCCAAUCCUCCGUGUCCGGUCGGUGGCGCAACCCGACCAAACAACUUCCUUUUAAGCAAACCGCUCGCGUUCCUGAAUUCCUGACCCCCGCUCUCUCUCCCCCACCCGCACUCGCCCCACGUCUCCUCUCUCCCGUCCCGUCUGCUCUCUGAUCAGCAGGAGAGAAAAGUGGAUGCGCCAGCGAAGCGAACACCGUCCCUAAUCGUCGGCCAUGGAGAGGUCUCUCGACAGCUACUCCUCCAUCAAGGACGUCACCUACAGCUGCGGGUACUGCGGGUACGCGCUGAACCUGAGCUCCUCGGCGCGGGACACGGAGGGCAUCGGGCCCAAGUACCGCAAGCAGAUCAGGAAGGGCGUCGUCGCCUUCGUCGCGGUCGACGAGAGCCGGUUCACGCUGGCCCACGAGCUCACCUGCACGCCCUACUUCCGCUCCGCCCGCUCCUGGGGCCUCUUCAGGAGGCGGUCGCGCCUGCUCUGCCGAAAGUGCGGGGGGCACAUCGGCAGCGCCUACGGGAAGGAGGAGGAGGAGGACUCCAGCUCCUCCAGCCUCUUCGGCGGUGACGGCUCCUCGGACGACACGCGCCCGAGCUCCGGCUCGGGCCGCAGCAGCGUCGCGUCGAGCCAGAAGAGCUACGUGGUCAGGAUCAGCGCGCUGCAGCCGUCGUCGGAUGACUCUGCUGUCGUUCCCUUCACGCAUCGAUGAUGCAUUGCAGGUGUCGAGUUGGUGUGCCGUGUUCUUCUUCCAGCCUGGAUGAAUUUGAAUUUGCUGUAACCUGGGAUGGCGAUGGACUGCAGGAGGACGAAGUGGAGCAAGGGAAGAUAUUUCUUGGCGUGUCUAGACUUUUCAGAGGUUUGAUCAGCUGCAUGCUGCUUUCAGUCAUCUUGCUGUUUGUAAUGCCUCUGUGUUUCCUCUGUACAUUGGUAAGUAUAGAGCAACAUGGUUUUUGAAAUUUUGGUUGGUGUCGGGAAAAUGAUUAAAGGUUUGUGUAUUCCGAUUGGUUCUAUAGCGUUUGUAUUAUGUCAUAGAAUUGAAAUUUUGAUUAGUCUUGUACUCU